AGGGUGGGAAAGGAGAGUGGAGAGAUUAUCCAAACUCCAAAUUUGUUGGGUAGUAAGAGGAGAAGAGAGGACCAAACAAGCCCUUAUCAAAUUUUAGCGGAAGAGAAAAAACUCUUUCUUCAAUACUGACGCAAUUGAUAAAUUCUCAGGACAAAUAAAUUAUCUCCCCCUAAGCUGCUGGAGGAGAGAGAAAAUCAACACAGAAGUUUCAAUUUCUUAGCUUUUAAGGACAGUAGAGAAGAUAUAAUAUGAGUACACUAGAUGUGCCCAGGGCAGAACUUGCCCUUGCAGUUCUGUAUUUGAACAAAGCAGAAGCUAGGGACAAGAUAUGCAGGGCAAUCCAGUAUGGUUCCAAGUUUCUGAGUGAUGGACAGCCAGGUACAGCACAAAAUGUUGAUAAAUCAACCAGUCUGGCAAGAAAAGUCUUCCGUCUCUUUAAGUUUGUUAAUGAUUUGCAUGCUCUUAUUAGCCCAGUUCCUGCUGGAACUCCUCUUCCCUUAACUUUACUUGGAAAGUCCAAAAAUGCACUAUUGUCCACAUUUUUGUUCCUUGAUCAAUUUGUCUGGCUUGGUAGAAGUGGCAUCUAUAAGAACAAGGAGCGAACUGACCUGAUUGCCAAGAUAUCUCUUUACUGUUGGAUGAGUUCCUCUGUCUGUACUUCUUUGGUUGAGCUUGGGGAACUUGGAAGGCUUUCUGCUUCAAUGAAGAAGCUGGAGAAGGAGCUUAAGGGCAGUGGGAAACACGACAAUGAUCAAUACCAAGCCAAGGUUCAGAAGUAUAAUGACAGGUCAUUGGCCUUAGUUAAAGCCGCCUUGGAUAUAGUUGUGGCUGCGGGGCUGCUUCAAUUGGCACCCAAGAAAAUCACUCCUCGUGUAACUGGGGCCUUUGGUUUUGCUACAUCUCUCAUCUCAUGUUAUCAGUUACUUCCGGCACGGCCAAAGUCCAAAACAUCUUGAACAAGGGGAAAACAGCUUCCUUCAAGCCCUAUGGAUUAUAAAAAGCCAUGAUCCUUGUUGUAUGUUUGAAAGAAUCUAGAAGAAUUUUAGUAGGGUGACAUUUUCACCUUUAAUUAAGAACCAUUCUUGUAUUUCCUUUCAUGCCUUGUGUUAACAGUUCACGAUAGCAAUAAUAUGUUUGUUGCUCUUGUUUAGCCAAUAAAGCAGAUAGCAGAUGUUGUAGUGUA